CUGCUUUUAGCAACUUGAAGAAAUCUGAGUUUUUCACAGAUUUGCCAGCUUCUAAGCCUGAAACUUCCACGGCAAUAUCUUCAAGUAGAACCAGCACUGUCCUUGUCAGUCCAAAGCAAAAAGGCAAUCCGUUACUAAAGUUUAUAACAAAUGUAUUAUGGGAAUAUUCCAACAUUGUGCCAGAUUACGUAAUGGGAAAAACUACAUGUGCUCUUUUCUUAUCAAUUCGUUAUCACCAAUUAAAUCCUGAUUAUAUUCAUGAAAGA